AUGUCUACAGGAAAGCGGACAGCAGACCAUCUACCCCCUUCCGAACAGGUAUCAAAUCGUCCUCGCUAUAUCCCCCCCAAGUUCCUCGGCGUGCUGCUUCAGAGGAACCCUGUCUCAAGUCCUCCCUAUGCUGCCCCCGUACCCGUUCCUCCGCAUGCUGCUUCAGAAGGACCCUCUAUGAACGACUCAAGUCCUCCCUAUGUAGCCCCCGUUCCUCCCUAUGUAGCCCCCGUUCCUCCCUAUGUAGCCCCCGUUCCUCCACAAGUCGCCCCCAUUCCUCCACAAGUCGCCCCCAUUCCUCCGCCCGUUGCCCCCGUUCCUCCACAUGUCGCCUCCGUUCCUCCAAAUGUCGCCCCCGUACCCAUUCCUCCACGUGCUGCUUCAGAAGGACCCUUCAACUCAGACGACAACUCAUUGUUGCUCGGGCGGAGUCUUCGUCGUGCUUUUCCGGAUUUCCCUACUCCUUCGUCUUCGCCUUCCCACUCCCCCUGCCCCUCCCCCUCACACGCACUCUACCCUAUACCCGAAUCAUCUGAUGAGGAAGAAUCGGACGCACAUCACUCUCGCAUCGGCGCUCCCGAUGGUAACUGUGAGACCUCUAUGGAUGCUACUCGGUCGCAUGCGCAAGCUUCACCAGAUACUUCGUCUCUUUGGAGGAACUUGUCUCAAGCGUGGAAAACCCUACCCACCUUGGGUUCAACACCGGACGAUUCCCCUUCACCGUCUUUCGAGAAAGUUAUGGCAUCGCCCUCUGGACCACAUCAUUUACGCUCAUCUGGUGAAUCCUAUGUGCAGCACAUUGGCGAACCACCCCGUACACCCGAGAAUCAAGGCACGGAGCACCGCGAAGGACCAGGUACACCCAAAAGAAAGAGCCCGCAACCGAAUGGGCCGAACCCGAACCCGAACCCGAAGCCCGUCACGCAAACUAUCCAACCUACUUUAGAUGUCCCGACUACGGAUGCGACACCGGAAGAUCCCCCUGCGCCGUCUUUCGAGCAAGUCAAGACAGCACCUCCCAGCUCACAGCAUCCACACCCAUCUGAUGAACCCUACACACCCAGGAAACGAAGCCCGGACGAAGUCAAGCAGACUAUCGAUGAUGUCUUUCAGACGUACAAGGCCUUUCUUGAUCGCCUAAAGAAAGGAUCACUGCUGUCCGAAGAAUUUAAGCUUGGGGGAGAGAGCAGUUCGGUCUUUGCGCGCGAUUUGAUCGGUAUGAAAAAAGACAAGACCGAUCCUUUAGCUAACGAAUUUUCGGCCCGAGUCUCUCUGCUCUCUGGCGCUUCGGGGACCGGAAAGACUCAGACAUGUGCACGCCUCCUUGGAAAGGCCUGUGGUUUUGGUAUUUCCUGUCGGCGCUCCGAACCCGGAAACGAUCCCACCGAUCCUGGCUUUCGCAGUCCAAGUUCCACCCAAUAUCUGGCGACCUAG